GCCGUCGCCGCCGCCAGCGCCACCGCCUCCGCCGCGCCCCCGCAGUCGCCGCAGGAGCUGGCGAGGUCCGCCGGCGCGCAGUGGAACAACCAUCGCAACAUCUCGGAGCUGCUGGACAACCUGCUCAGCGGGUACGACAACAGCGUCCGGCCAGACUUCGGCGGUCCCCCGGCUAUCGUGGAAGUAGACAUCAUGGUGCGCAGUAUGGGGCCGAUAUCCGAAGUAGACAUGACGUAUUCGAUGGACUGCUACUUCCGGCAGUCGUGGGUAGACCGGCGGCUGGCGUUCACCGGCGGCUCCAAGGAGACGCUGGCGCUGAGCAUCUCGAUGCUGGCGCGCAUCUGGAAGCCGGACACUUACUUCUACAACGGGAAGCAGUCCUACCUGCACACCAUCACCACGCCCAACAAGUUCGUGCGGCUCUACCGGGACGGGCGCGUCCUCUACUCCUCCAGGUUGACGAUCAAGGCCGGCUGCCCCAUGAACCUGGAGGACUUCCCCAUGGACACGCAGCGCUGCCCGCUCAAGUUCGGAAGCUUCGGCUACACGACGACGGACGUGGUGUACCGCUGGAACCGGCAGCGCACGGUGGCCAUCGCGGAGGACAUGAAGCUGUCGCAGUUCGACCUGAUCGCCACGCCGUCCGCCAACCAGACGGACGUCCUCAAGUCCGGCGAGUACUCGAUGCUGCUGGUGAGCUUCCACCUGCAGCGGCACAUGGGCAACUUCCUGAUCCAGGUGUACGGCCCCUGCGUGCUGCUCGUCGUCCUCUCGUGGGUCUCCUUCUGGCUCAACCGCGAGGCCACCGCCGACCGCGUCUCUCUCGGAAUAACGACCGUACUGACGAUGACCUUCCUGGGCCUCGAAGCAAGGACCGACCUCCCAAAGGUGCCCUAUCCCACCGCCCUCGACUUCUUCGUGUUCCUCUCGUUCGCUUUUAUUUUUGCAACCAUCAUACAGUUCGCCGUGGUGCACUACUUCACCAAGUAUGGCUCCGGGGAGUGCUACUUCAGCUCCGACCUCAGCUCCGUCUCCAGCUCCGACGACGAGGACGAGGACACGUGGUCGGCGCGGCGCAGGCGCACCAUCGAGCUGCCGCUGUGCCAUCUGCGGGUUUCCUGUCCGUCGCUCUGCCAGCAGCAGCAGCAGCGGGCGGUACAGGAACGCUCCUGUGGGGUUCACAGGUCCGUGUCCUGCCUGAGCCGCCCCCCGGAGGCUUCCCCGCAGCCCCCGCUGUCAGCCGGCGAGGCCGGCGGCGGCAGCCUGCAGCAGCCGCAGCUGCAGAUGCAGCACCAGCAGUUGCAGCUGCAGCAGCCGCACGCCUGCCGCUCGGCGCCCAGGAAGAAGCGGCGCACGCCGCGCUUCAACUCCGUCUCCAAGAUCGACCGCGCGUCGCGCAUCGUCUUCCCGCUGUGCUUCCUCGCCAUCAACAUGUUCUACUGGUACUCCUACCUGUGGCGCAGCCGCCGCCUCUACCACGUGCGCGCCAGCGGCGACGCGGCCGCGUCGUAG